ACCGGACGCUUAAUGUUGUGGCACUGUCCUUCACUCCAAGAAAUGCCGACUAUUAUUGUAGAUAUUCACUAUGAGCAGAUGUAAGAUACUGAUGAUGGAGCCGUAAUGAGCUUCUAACUGUGGAGCGUAUAAACAACUAAAAGUCAAACAUGCUGCCAGGAUGUAUAACCGCUACUUGCCACUAUUUGAAGUGGACUUUGCCUCACUGGAAACCUGCCUUUUCCUUAACUUAUUGUCCAUUGGAGCCAGGGCAAUGGAUUUUAAGACAGGCAGGUCUGAGAAAGGCUCAUCGCUGGACUACAGCACCUUCAUCAAGGCUAAACCAGAAGCCGGUGUUUGCCAGAGCUCCAGUGUAUGGAGAAAAGCUUGCAGUCAUAGACAGCAGUGGUAGCCACAGCUACAAGCAGCUGUACUGCCGCAGUUUAGGUCUUGCAAAUAGAAUCGGUACAGCUCUGAACUCAGACUUUGGAGGUCUGGAAGGAAAACGCGUCUCCUUCCUGUGUGCUAAUGAUGCCUCCUAUACAGUAGCACAGUGGGCCACUUGGAUGAGUGGUGGGACGGCGGUGCCACUCUACCGAAAACACCCACCGGCAGAACUGGAGUACAUCAUUUCUGAUUCCCAGACUUCGCUGCUGCUGGCAGCGGACCCCUACACUGAAACCCUCGAACCUCUGGCACAGAAGCUCGGGCUGCCGUGUCUGAAGCUGCCCCCUACUUCUGACCUGGAUGCUUUAUGUGAGGAAGACGCACAGGAGAAGGAGACAGCCAUCACAGACUGGGCUGAUCUACCAGCUAUGAUCAUCUACACCAGUGGAACAACAGGGCGACCCAAAGGGGUUCUGCAUACACACGGCAGCGUCCAAGCAAUGGUCCAGUGUCUGGUUUCAGAAUGGGCGUGGUCCAGAAAUGAUGUCAUCCUGCACACCUUGCCUCUCCACCACGUUCAUGGCGUCGUUAACAAGCUGCUGUGCCCACUCUGGGUGGGCGCCACCUGUGUCAUGCUUCCCGAAUUCCAUCCUCAGAAGGUGUGGGAGAUGCUGUUGAGCUCCAAGGCUCCCAUGGUUAAUGUGUUCAUGGCCGUGCCAACUAUUUACUCUAAGCUGAUCCAGUACUAUGAUCAGCACUUCACACAGCCUCAUGUGAAGGACUUUGUCAAAGCAUUGUGCAAAGAGAGAAUAAGGCUGAUGGUUUCAGGCUCGGCUGCUCUCCCGCUUCCCACUCUGCAGCGCUGGGAGGAGAUUACCGGGCACACACUCCUCGAACGCUACGGCAUGACUGAGAUCGGCAUGGCGCUGUCCAACCCUCUCAAGGGCCCACGCGUCCCAGGAGCUGUUGGGUUGCCGCUGCCUGGUGUGAAAGUUCGGAUUGUUAUGAAUAACACAAUUAAUACAACCAUUGUGGAAGGCACUCACAAAGAGACUCAGGUACGACCUGGUCUGGAGGGGAAAGAGGGGGAGCUUCUGGUUCGAGGGCCAUCUGUUUUUAAAGAGUACUUUAACAAACCUCAGGAGACCAGAGAGUCUUUCACUGAGGAUGGCUGGUUCAAGACAGGAGACACCGCUGUGUAUAAAGACGGCGUAUAUUGGAUCAUGGGUCGCACCAGUGUCGACAUCAUCAAGAGUGGUGGCUACAAGAUCAGCGCACUUGAUGUGGAGCGUCACCUUCUGGCUCAUCCAGACAUCACGGAUGUUGCUGUGAUUGGAGCCCCAGAUGCCACGUGGGGUCAAAAAGUCACUGCUGUAGUGCAGCUGAAGAGGGGCAAGAGCAUGACUUUGCCAGAAUUGAAGACCUGGGCAAGGGAGCACAUGGCACCCUACACCAUACCUACAGGCCUGGUGGUGGUAGAGGAGAUGCCGAGGAAUCAGAUGGGCAAGGUCAACAAGAAGGACCUCCUGCGACUAUUCUUCUCAUGACUGGAAAAGUUGCAUGACAACAUACAGGUGCCUGGAUAAAGAACUGCAGGUGUACAUCAGCAGAGAGAAACACGGCUGUUUCUCUGCACACAGGUAGACAGAGAGGAGGCAGAAAAGUAGAUGAAGACAUCAUGGAACAUCGUGGAAGCUAACAUUUGAGGAAACUUAUUCGCAACUAUAAAUACACUAUAAAUAUAAUUUAUAUGUAAAAUGUAAUACACAGCGGAGGGCACAUCAUAAUCAAAGGUUUUGCGACUGUGUGCAAUGAACUUGUGACCUCGUGACCUUGAACAGGUAUGUAACCACUUGCGAUCAGCUGCCAUCUUCAAAACAACAUUGGUGCAUCAAGACUGAUAAAAUGGCAAAUAAAAAGGAGACAGCCAGUUUCACAGUUUGCGAGUGAAUGGGGUCAAGUUGGCAAAUAAAUGCAAAAAUCAGAUGUAUCAGGAAAAAUGGUAAAUACAUUGCUGUCUUCAAACACAGAAAGCCAGAUCAC